GCAAUUGGCAUCCACAACCACAAAUGGAGACAAAAUGGAGACGAAAACUCAAGGUCAACAAUCAUCGUAAAUUACGCGAGAGAAAAACUCCAAGAAAAAAAAAAACAAAACUGGGAGUGCAGACUAAAGCCGGACACCACUGGCCCAGGCCCAUUACCCUCGGAGUCCCACCCGCGUCCCGGUAGUUAACCUCCACUCCAGUCGUUGCCCAAAAUCCAGCUUAAAAAAAAAACUGCCUCUCACUUCCUUUUCAGUUUCUCUCUCCUCACUCUCUCUCUCUCUUCAUUGUCCGCCAUUGUUGCUCUCUUCCCCACACUCCCCUCGAUCGCUUCGCUUUACUUUUCUCCUUCCUCUCAUUUUUCUUUACUUCCAAGCAUCUCUCUCUCUUUCUCUCAUGCAGUGUUCAGCGGUGCCCGAGACAGACCCGAACCCGACCCGGUUCUAAUCCGCCCCCCCCCCCCCCAACUUCCCAAAUGCAUCGCGCCGCGGCCGCCGCAAACCCACUCCAAACCCUCCUCGACCUCAUCAACUCCACCCUCUCCCUCCUCCUCCGCUCCUCCCUCACCGUCCGCUCCUUCGUCGGCCGCUGGACCGCCAUCCACUCCAAGCUCGCAUCUCUCCACUCCUCCGUCGCUGACAUCUCCGACUCCCCACACUGGGCCCAGAACCCCCUCCUCCACACCCUCCUACCUCAACUCCUCUCCACUCUCCAGCGCCUCACUGCCCUCGCCGACCAAUGUACCGACGCCGAGUUCGCCGGCGGGAAGCUCCUGAUGCAGAGCGACCUCGAUAUGGCUUCGUCUUCCCUCUCCAAUCAGCUUCGCGACCUCGACUUGCUUCUCAGAUCUGGAGUCCUCCACCAGUCAAACGCCAUCGUUUUGUCGCACCCGGCUCCCGGGUCGGAUAAAGAGGAUUUGGGCUUCUUUAUCAGAGACCUCUUCACCCGGCUGCAAAUCGGCGGCGUCGAGUUCAAGAAAAAGGCUCUUGAGUCGCUCCUUCAGCUCCUCAACGGCGACGACAAGUCGUCCGGCCUCAUCGUCAGAGAAGGUAAUGUCGCAUAUUUGAUUCAUUUGCUUGAUUUCCACCACCAGCCUUCCGUCCGCGAGCAGGCUAUCUUCGCCGUCUGUCUCCUGGCCACCGCGGACGACGAGUCGUCGCGCAAGGCAGUGUUCGAAGAAGGGGGUCUGGGUCCUCUGCUGAGAAUACUCGAAUCCGGGUCGACCCAUUUGAAAGAGAAGGCUGCGAUGGCGGUAGAGGCGCUCACCGCCGACCCAGAAAACGCCUGGGCCGUUUCCGCCUACGGUGGCGUCUCAGUCCUCAUCGAAGCCUGCCGAUCUGGGUCUCCGGUGACCCAAACCCAUGCUGCCGGAGCCAUUAGAAAUGUGGUCAAUGUGGAAGAAAUCAAAACUGCUCUGGGAGAAGAAGGAGCCGUCCCUGUACUAAUCCAGUUACUGCUCGCCGGCACCAUCACCGCCCAAGAAAAAUCAGCCAAUUGCAUAGCCAUUUUAGCCUCCUCCGACGAGUAUUUCCGAGCUUUGAUCAUUCAAGAACGUGGGUUGCAGAGAUUAAUGCAUUUGAUUCAAGAUUUACCGAAUUCGGACACAUUGGAACACGUCCGAGCCAUCACAUGGCUUUCAGCUUCAGAUUCCUGCUCUAAAAUCCUCUCUUCUUCGACGAUUUUCCUGAUUCAGCUCGGCGAGUUCAUAAAGCAGGGGAACACAACGCUACAGCAAAUCUCAGCCUCCUUACUCGCUCACUUAUUGGUUAACGUGAGCGAUGGGAAUAAGCGAGCGUUGGGCAGCUGUAUGGGGUCGUUGGUAAAGCUCAUGGAGUCGCCAAAACCGGUGGGUCUACAAGAAUCGGCGGCCCAAUCGCUGGUUUCGCUGCUGACGGUCCGGUCGAACCGGAAGGAGCUGGUGAGGGACGAGAAGAGCGUGAUGAGGCUGGUCCAGAUGCUGGACGCCAAGAGUCACGAGAUGGUGGCCAGCAAGUUUCCGGUGGCGGUGGUCGCGGCGGUUCUCAGCGGAGGGAGCGGUGGUUGCCGGAAAAGGCUGGUGGCCGCCGGAGCUCACCCGCAUUUGCAGAGACUGGCGGAAAUGGAGGUCGCCGGAGCUAAGAAAGCGCUGCAGAGACUCGCCGGCAGUAGGCUGAAGACCAUCUUCUCGCGGAGUUGGAGGGAAUAGUAAUUAACCGGGAGAGAAAAAACCCGCCAAACUAAAGAGGAGGAAGGAGGAGGAAGCAGGAGGGAGGAGGAUUUUCUAACCGUCCAGGGAAUGUGAAAGCUACGUGGCUUGGACAAAGCAACAAAUACACACACAUCUUAUACCCAACUUUUUUUUACUUAAUUACUCGUAUCAUAUUAUAUUUAUUUAUUUAUCUAUCUAUCUGUCACUAAAUCAAGCACUAAUUAAGCAUGUUAUGUAUUAAUUAAUUAAAAUAUCCUAGUAUAUUGUAUUGGUAAAGAAAGAAGAAAGAGCAUGGAUGCGGUUUUUAGGGAGUAUCCUCGUUUUGCUGUUCCUUUUUUUGUAAUUUAAUGUUAUUACUUGAUUCACUCGGUGAAAGCUGUAAGAGGGGUUCAUUUCAUUAUGAUGUUUCCUUUUUUUUUGUUGGGUUGUGUUUUUUAAUUACACCCACCGGUUUGAGAAUGUAGAUCCUUGGAUUUGUUGUAUCAUUGGCAUGGAAUGUCACGGUGAUAAUGUACUAAUUUAAGUUGCUCUCGUUCUAGAGAGAAACCUCUGCUAUAUUUGUAAUGGACGUGAAUUUAACAUGGGUCUUGAGUGUUACUUAA